AUGGCCAAUCCUUCGCCUGUCGACAGUUUUUUCGCGACGUUUACCGGCCUGAAAACAAUUCUCUAUCGAAAUAUAGCUCUGUUAACUGUUAUAAUAUUUCCUCUAGCAUAUCAAAUGAUCAUUGUAGAUUUUCUUAGCCAAGAACACAAGAGUGGAGCUUGUAACAAUACAGGUAAGCAGUUUCAAAUGUCUAUUUAAUUUUGCAUCCUUUUUUACAUCUUCAUGAUCGCCUUUUUAUGGUUGAGAACCCCAAAGUCAAUGAUAGCCCGUAAUUAGGUAAUUUUAUGAUGAAUGGCUGGGCGAUUUGGAUUUUCCUUUACAUUCACAAGGUGAGGAUUUGAUCUAGAACCUUAUGACGUUUAUUAUUCACACCGUGGUCAUAAUAUUCAAAACAUUGAAUUUGUCUUGUCGGCAGGUGUCCUGCUCUUGGACUUAAGGAGUUUAUAGAAUUGUAUUCGCUGGCUACAAUGUAUAUAAUGUUAUAUUUUUUGCGCAGAAAACUGUCUAAUGGCGAUGGGAACCAAAGACCCCAAAAAAAAUAGUAGUGGAAUCGGAGGAGGAACUAAGGUAUAAUUAAAUGUGAUAAUAUAUUAGAUGGCGAUUUUUAUUUUUUAUUUUGUUAUUUUUACUUACUUAUUUUUUCAUUUCAAGUCGAUCGUUGUGAGGGCUAUUUUGUUUCAGGGCUCAUUUGUGUGUUAUUGUUCUCAGAUAUAAAAGCGUGUACCACUUUUUGGGUCGAAACGGGGCGGACAAUUCUUUUGUAAUUUGUAAACAGUUUAUUCACUGUCCUUUGUUCCAUUGUCUCUUGUGCGAUUUCUUUGUCGUCUGUGACCCAAAAAUAUUACAAAACUAUUUGCAUAUUAUAAUGUAGAAACCAAUUUAAAUUUAUAUUGUAAAAUGUUAUCUUAGAAAAUUAGGUGAGCUGAUCCAAAAAUAGUUGCAUACCCUUGGACAUCGAGUGACAGCGGUUGUCAAAUAAAAACACGCGACUACUUUCACUCACGGUCAAAGUUGUAUGGUCGACGUCAAUAGUUAAAAUAAGAGUCGCUUAAACUAUUUCAGUUCGCUUUCAGGAUUGCGAUAGCGUAGGGCAAAAAAAUAUGGGCAAUCUCAGGCUCGAAUAAAACUUAAAUAAACGUGUUUUGUACACCUACAAAUACAGUUGUUAUGUUAAGUAAUGGUCCAGAUAAGAAGGAAAGGACCAAAACGCAGUGAACACGUCGGAAUGUAAAAAGGUGCUAACUUUACUAUUGUCUCUACUAAGGUUCUGAUUGGGUUAAACAUCAAAUUUUACGAAAUCUUCGCAACGCAGCAUGUAUAUUAAUCCCUUUUUUUCUAUCCAACUUCCUUAUAACAAAAUCUCGUCUGAGUCUAAGUAACACAGAAAUCGUAUGUGCGGAUCAUGUAAAAUUGUGAACAUUUCUUGGCCAUUGUUUGCAACUCUUGUGAUUGGUCGAAAUGUUUUAACACAAAAAUACACCCUUUAAAAGUGGAGUUUAAAUACAUUUUCUUUCGUAAACAGCCUUUUUGUAGAUUUAUGCAUUCUCUGCGUAAAAAUGAAAACAUUUCUAUGUGAGGAAAGCGUAUUGCGCCACAACAAAAGAAAUUGCUUCCCUUCUUCCCUGGAUCAUUACUUAAUAAUACAGAAAAUAACAUGCCAGUCUUAGUCACCUGCACGUGACUGUCACAAGGUGUAUUGUAAAGCCUAUACUAAUGUCUACCGUGACAAGUGACGUUUAAAAUGUUUAAAAUUGCCUUUCUUAAAUAAUCACACCAUUGCCGUCCGUAUUCUUAAGCUCCAAACUAUUCACAAUUUUCCAUCACUGCUGUUAAAAAUGUGCUCCUGGUUGUUCAUGUUUUCCUUAUUACACCAAUUUGCCUUUUCGACCUUCUUGUUGCCGUCACCGUCGUCUUCGCUAAUGCUCCCUAGUGGUGAUGACGAUGAUGACGAUGAUGAUGAUGAUGAUGAUGAUAGUGAUGAUGACAAUCAAUCAAAUCAACCAUUAAACUUUAUUUACCCUGGAAUUUACAGUGUAGCACUGAAGAGCUAAUAUCAAUGACGAAGAUGAUGAUGAUGAUGAUGGUGACGUUGAUGAUCUCUUUUUCAGACCAGUCCCCUAUUCAAUACGAGGCCUGUGUUAGAAAUGGCAAAUUACACAGGAAUGAUGAUAGGCUCCUUAAUAUUGUGUCUAGUGGCGGACGCUAUUGGUAGACUGAAGACUCUAUUUGCAUGUCUUCUCAUUGCUUUUAUUGGAGGUCUGUCCAGCGCAUUUGCUUUCGAUAGCCUGAUAAACUUCGCCAUCCUUCGUGGAGUUGUUGGAUUUGCAGCAGGUAUGUCGCUCACCUGUUUAGCAUUUUUAAAAAUUACCGUGGGCUCCGGGCUGUAAUUAAUGCUCACUAUAGAAACCAAAGUUUUUGUAAUGAUCUUAUCAUUUAAACGGAAAACGAAGAUGGCGUUUUAGGCCAUGUUUGCACUAUAACGGAUAGCUUUUGCGCCGGCACGAAAAUGAUACCGGAUAGGGCGGUGAUUUCGACGCUAUUUCUGUAAAGGAGAGAAGUUGCGCCGCGCCAAUCUCGCAGGUGGAGAGUCACAUAUCGGAUAGAUUCUGUGCCAUGCUUUGGUGUAGCACGAACAGGUAUUAUGACCGUAGCAGAAGUAAAUAAAUAGGGAGCUUUAGCAUCGACGACGGCAACGCCAGAGAAAACGUCACUUUUAAAACGAAUUUCCGUUUUUCAAACACUGUCGCGGUUAUUCCAAUUUGCUGAAAAUGGCAAAUGUAGGCGAAUAUCCCUUUCGUUGAUUUCUUGAGGAGCGCACUCAACUUUAGAGAGGGAAAAAGAAAUUCGUCGUCGCUUGUUUACGUUCUCCAUAAAACUUGCAAUUAGGCAUUUCACGUCGUAGUCGUGCGAGGACUGUAAAGAAAUGUACAAAAAAGCGUUGUUGUUUUGUGUAAUAAAUCUAUUGCUUUUUUGACGUCCUCAUUGCCAUCGCCGUCGUCGUUGCUAUAGCUCCCUAAUAAGAAGGGGGAAUCAACCCACUGAGACCAACAACGCUGAGACGGAAAUAUUCUGGAAUGAGGACUGGGAUUUAGUUCACCAAACCCUCCCGGCCAACCGCUCCGGCGCGAUGCUCGAUGUGUGUGAGCGACUUGUUCCGGUUCUGUGCCGUUGCUGUUCACACUAUACCGAAUAGGUUUUCCCAGGGGGGUACUUCCUAGUAAUAGGCUAAUGGGUAUGUGCCGCUGGAUGGGGUCGCAUGAGUCACGACUGGAUUGACUAUUAUUAGGAUUGCAUAUUUGUAAGAGUUAUUAAAAUGGGGUCGCACAUUUUCAGGAUUUUUGGGGUCAGAAAUUCAGGUAUGUAGGGAUUUAAAAGUAGAAAGAUUUGCACAUAAUUAAGCUUAACAAAUGUGUCAUUUCGCUUCGGGAUGACCGAGUUAAAAGGCUUUAUAAGGUAGUUGCAUAAACAGAAAGUUACGAAGAUAAGAUUGCGAAAAUUACUUUUUUCCCAAAGUGACUAAGCUGGGGUCUAUAAUAUGACCACAGAAUAGACUAUAAUGGGGUAGGGGUUCUGAGAGGCCAGCGGCACAUACCCAGCAAAAAUGAACCCAAGUAAUUCCCCUGGGAGGUUUUCUUUCGUGUCGGCACGAAAUGCUAUCCAGUAACAGUGGAGGAUCAUACGGGGUGGGGGGGGGGAGGCGGCGGUUAUCCAGACCCUGAGAUAAGGGGGUGGCCCGGUCUCAAUAAAAUUUUUUUUCGACCCUUCGGGCCUCAGUUUGGUCUAAAAAUAGGGGGCGGGCCCCCGGUUCCCUCCCCUGGAUCCGCCACUAGGUAUAGUGUGAAUAUAGCCUUAUUUUCCUUGCCACCUCCUCACCUGUCACUUCUACGAGGUCAUCCGAGCCACAAUCCGUUGGCAGAAGAAAAGUAGCUAAAGUAGCGAGUACUUUCGUUCAAAGUUCUCUGAGUUAUAAAUAAGCCGGCCCUAGGGAAUCGAACUUGGCCCUCCCGCUAUGCAGAGGUUUACAAUGAUGCUAACCCUUGUCGAGCUAGCUCGGUUUUGUUUUUUGUUUGCUGUGCUGUUUUUAUUUGUUUGUCUUUUUAGCUUUGUAUCGUUACUUAUACUAAACAAAUCCGGCGAAGGCAGCUAGAAGGAUACUACACAAAGAAAAAAAACGAACAUCAUCGAAAAUUGCCCAAAAAACAAAACUCUAAAAAGUGAGUAAAAAUUGAUUAACAUGUAUAUUAUAAUGACUAACUCAAUUACUUCGUUUUUUCUUUUCUGAAAAAGGAGGUGCCUUUCCAGUCUUGUUUAUCCUGGCGGCUGAGUACGUUAGUCCAAAGGCACGAGCCAUUGUUUUACCUAUUUUGUGGGCAGCCACCACCCUCGCUAUAAUGUCGUUAGCUGGCGUUGGCUACAUUGUUGCGAAUCGUCGAAAUUUAAUGCUAACCCUAACCCAUGACACUUCCAAUCUUACUUGGUAUUUUGCUAUUGAAGUGAGUAAUUCUACAAUCCAGCUCCACACACACGUCUUCUAUCUCCACUUUUCUUUUACUUUCAUAUUCAUAUUCAGAUUCGGAUUUUUUUUAACGUUAUUAUACAACUAUUAUUGUGUUCUCGAAAAACGUGGAACUUUUAUUCUCCCCAGGAUUCUUCCCGAGUCACCUCGAUGGAUCCUUCUUCACUCAGCCUCAAGUAG